AUGGGUGCAGGAAACAAGUACAAUUUCCUCGUCGUCUUCUUCGUGACCUUCGGGUCCCUAACAUAUGGGUACAACUCUGCAAUCAUUGGGGCCGUCAUUGGCUUGCCAUCCUUCUUCCAGUACUUCAACAUCGACAUCAAGUCAAGUGGUGGCUCCCGAAUCACUGGAGCAACCAAUGGACUCUUCGCAGGGGGUGGGUUCAUUGGCUGCUAUCUCAUCACUUGGCUGGCCGACAAGGUGGGCAGAAAGAGGUCCAUACAAAUCACUGCCUGUAUUUGUAUCGUUGCAGGUGCCCUUCAAGCCGGAUCUGUGCACAUUGCCAUGUUUCUGGUCGCUCGAUUCAUGAUGGGCCUAGGCGUUGGUAUGGCCGUUGUCAUCACGCCUCUCUAUCAAUCAGAAGUUUCCCCCGCGCACUCUCGUGGGAGAAUGGUGGGUAGUCAUGGAUUCAUCCUUUGCGUUGGAUACGGCUUAGCUGGAUGGACCGGCUACGGCUGCUAUUUCUUAAAGAAUCAGGUGGCUCAAUGGCGUCUCUGCCUUGCCCUCCAAAUCGUCCCACCGCUCUUCCUCUUACUCGGAUCUCCGUGGCUUCCUGAGUCGCCUCGAUACCUGGUCGCAAACGACAUGCAAGAACAAGGGUUUGAAAUCCUGAAAAGAUUACACCACCAACCCGAAGACGAGGACGAUACCAUUGCCCGGGAAGAACUUUAUCAAAUUCGUCAACAACUCGACCUGGAGAAGCGCGACGGUUGGAGACAAGGCUGGGUCCAAGGCUGGGUUCUCUUGUUUUCCAGGAAGUCUUAUCGAAAGCGCUUGCUCUUUGGAUUUCUCCUUCUUGGUCUGGUCCAGAGCACGGGCUGCCUGGUAAUCAACAACUAUCAAGUCCUGCUUUACAACGGCCUCAGUCUGUACGGCGCCAUGCCUCUGAUGCUGUACGCCCUAUGGGACACUUGGGCCGCCUUCAUGAACUUCAUCAAUUCGCUUCUCCUCGACAAAGUCGGCCGGAUCCCGAUCAUGGUUGUUGGGCAGAUUGGGUGUUCUAUCUCCGUUGCUGGGUUCACCGCUUGUCUUGCGAGAUACGGCGGGACCGACAAUCGGGUGGGCAAUGGAUUUGGCGUCUUCUUCCUGUACCUGUUCGUGACUUUCUUCGGCGGCUCGAUGGAUGCCUCAUCCUACGUCUACUCUUCCGAGAUCUUCCCGACUUCGAUCCGCGCCCAAGGCGCCGGCUUCAGCGUCUCUGGUCUGUUUGCAUUCAGCUUGAUCUACACCAUGUCUGCCCCCGUCGCGUUCAACAACAUUGGUUGGAAAUACUACCUAAUCUUCGUCAUUGUCCCGUUGUUUGGAGCCGCGAUCAUGGCGCUGUUUUACCCGGAAACCAAGGGGCUCGCGCUGGAGGAAAUCGGGAAAAAGUUCGGCGACGAGAUCGCUCUCGAUCUCACACAUCUCUCGGCCGAAGAGCGAGCCAGGCUUGAUAAGACUCUGGUGAAUGCCGAAGUUGUCGAAAUGGAGAUCAAGGCCUGA